UUUCGUUGUGCCACAGUGUCUCGCUGUCCUCUAUGUUGCUUGUGGAAUAUGCCCCUAGUGUAUCAUAAAUACGAGGGGAAAAAUUGUGCCCGCCAAGAAAAUGGGAAGUGUUUACUUAAAAUUGGGUGUAUCGAGCGCAUAACAAGGCCGGCUAAACCUGCUGCUUGCUUGAAAGGAUAUCGGACACAAUCGCACGUUGAAUGUUGAACGAAGCUGCUGCAUUUCAAAACAAAAGUUGAUGAUGGCAAACCUUCUCGACCCAGCGCAUUCCCAGCUGGUUCGAUGCGACCCGCUAGUGCUCAGCAAUAUCCUACACUAUUGCAACAGCUACCAUGAAUUGAUUUUAAAAAUCGUAUCUAUUCUGGAUGCAUUUGUUCCGAAAGAGAUUGCAGGAGAUGGAGGAUGUCAUCUGAGCGUUUCGCACGACGAAGAAAGUCGCACCAUUGCCAUACAGUACGGAGACAUCACAGAAGAAGAUCUGGAGAAUGUAGAGGAGCCGUUAGAUUCGGAAUAUGCUUCCAAAGGCGACGCGUUCGAUGAUGAAGAGUGCGAAGAAGUAAGUUUGGAUGUUGCUGAUGAGGUUAUUGAGGAAAUAUUUGAUUCCCAAUUGGUUGACCUCCCCUGCGAUGAGAUAUUUGUAUCAACAGAGGAAAAUGAUUUGCAAAAAAACGACGAAACUUUCCUUUCGAAUUACCAAGCAUACAUCGAAAAUGACGAGGAAGUAGUUAUGAACGAUAUACAAACAGUACCUGUAGGGCUAACGGAAGAAUCAGAAAUCCCGAAUCCUAAAUACAUAUGCCAAUACGUGGGCUGCCCAAAGGAGUUUGUUACAGCCAAAGAAUAUUCCUUGCAUCAAGGAAAAACACAUCCAUGGUUGGUGGAAACUGCGAUCGCUGUACGAUGUAAAUAUAUUCAGUGUCAGGCUCUUUUUAACGACAUUGAAUCACUUAAUUCCCAUCACGUUACGCAUCGGAUGAAAAGGACGGCAAAGCCCGCCGAAUUCGACAGUUUGCUACAAGGAAAAUUCAGCCCAGCUGGGAUUCGCGCACGAAAGUGUGAAUUCUGUGACAUUGUUAUGGACUGCAAGGUGAACGUGUACAGCCGGCACUGCCUGGAAGUACACAAUCGCUCUCCGUACGCCUGCCCUUUAUGCAACACACCUUUUCAUCUACAAUCGCAUAUGCGAGAACACCUGAAAACGGAACACUCGCAGGAAGAAGUGGACCUUUUCAUCAAACAAAACCUCUGGCGUGAGUUCGCGGUACACGAUGGGGAGCAGAUGGCUGAGUGCCGAUUUUGCUACCUUAUCAUCUACUCACGUGUUGCAUCACGUGCCAGUCAUGCGGAACGGCACCGAUUAGAAGUUCGGAGAUCCUGUGCACGAUGCGGGGGGAAACAUUUUGAAGUUUUUUGUAGUCAUCCUAAGGAGACGUUCGAGGCGAAGUAUCAAAGGCGACACUGUGCCCACUGUGACCGAUGGAUAUCGAAAAAGAAUUUCAAAGAGCACCUGGUGACGCACACCAAGGAACGUAGCUUCCCAUGCACGAUGUGCAAGAAGGUCUUUAAGGUAAGGCGUACCGCAACGCGCCACAUUCAGAGUCACGUCAACGCGAGCAACCGCAAGCGGAAGUGCUAUGACUGUCCGACCGUCUUGGAGGACGAAACAGAGAUUCCAGAGCACUAUCGGCAGGUGCAUCCGUCGCUCGAACCGUACCGAUGUCCAAUCUGUUCCACCGGAUUCAACCAGAAAGCAAAACUGGAGGAUCACUCCCACACGCACUCGGACGACGAACGGCGAACGGCGUCGAUCAAGUGUCCGGUGCAUUCGUAUCAUGUCGGUAAUGCGCGCGUCUUUGAGUGUACCCUUUGCCGGCGUGUUUUCACCACGAAGCGAGCUACGGUGGCGCAUUGGAUCGUGCACACCGAUCGGCCCUGCGUUUGCACGAGGUGCAGUUUGUCGUUCCGUGCGGAAUCCUUGCUCGACACACACAUGGUGGACGUUCAUAAAGUUAAGAAAAAUGUUGCGAUUCAUAGUUAAGUAGAUCGCUGUUAUGUUAACAGUAUGGAGACAUGUUAUGAGAGUAUUCGAGCAUUCGAUUCGAUACUUUAGCCUGAGAGAAUUAGAGUCAAUGCAAUCUAGUUUAUUUUUUAACUGGACCAAUCUUAACAAUUUCCU